UGUGGUAAACUAACAGGCAAAGAUACCAAAAGAAAAAAAAAUGAAAAAAGUUGAGAACAGGUGGUUGGUCAGCCUGCUAGUGGUGGUGGAGGUGGUACUCAUAAGCAUGGCGGAGCAAGUGACAUCACAGCCUACUGAUAUGAAUAGCACUUUGAUGAGAUAUCAGUGUAGUGACUAUAACUCUAGCUGGCCAGAAUAUCAUUUGAGCAACCUUAACACCACUCUUUCUAGCCUCUGCCAGAAGUUAACCACCGGCCGCGAUGCUACAGCACACAGUUUGAUCAAUAAUGAGCCGGUGUGGGGUGUUGCGUGGUGCAGAGGAUAUCUUUCAGUUCCAGAUUGUCUGGAUUGUUUCGACUUUGCUGUUGAUCAGCUAAAACUGUGUGGGCUUUCCUAUUGGGGUCGUGCUAUCUAUACUGACUGCGAUGUGAGGUAUGAUAAAAUUUUCACGGAGGAUUAUGAUAUAAUCCCGGAGGAUUAUGAUAUAACCUCGGAUAUGCAUCAUGUGGUAUUAUGUGACAACACAACAUUGUCUGGGCGAAUAGAGUUCCAACGAGAAGUAGAAUUCUUAUUACUUGAUCUUCAAAAUGCUGCGCCAAGAACAAGCAACUUCUAUGCAGCAUCUAUUACGAACGUAGAUGGUAAUACAACCGUAUAUGCCAUUGCAGAAUGUCAUCUAAACAUAAGCCAGGGUGUUUGCUUAGACUGUUUACAUUUAAUAUCCGAGUCACUUGUUAAUUGUCUUCCUGCUACUUUUGGGUUGUCAACGUACGAAGUAUGCUUCAUGCGGUAUGCCACAACUCCGUUUUUUGGACGAAACCAAACAACUGAUGUUACAUCUAUCCUUAUGGGUAAGACCUCAAAUCUUCUAGAAAUGAUAUGUUUCCAUAAUUUCUUUGCCAAAAGAGAUGGUAGCUUGAAUUGAAUUGCUACUGGCUAGCCUUUUCUUGAAUAAUAUUUUCCUGUUUAUGUUUAAA